AUGGAUCGACCAACGUUACCGUCACUGGAGGCUCCACAGAGCGAGAUGGGUCGAUAUGAAGAGCCAAACACGGUCCUCCCUCUGACUAUCAACGCCGCCUACGACUGGACCGGUCCUGAAGAUCCCGACAAUCCUCGCAACUUUUCCGCGUCUUUACGAAUUUUCAGCACCAUUGCCAUAACUAUGCUUGCCAUGAUUGGCACCAUAGCCGGAUCCAUGUAUGCGCCCGCCCAAGAUACCGUCGCCUCGUACUUUCACUGCAACCGCAUUGUGGCUGUCUUGCCUCUUUCGCUUUACAACCUCGGCCUCGCCUUUGGACCCAUGGUUGGCGCACCACUCUCGGAGACGUAUGGUCGAAAGUCCGUCUUCUUGCUAUCAACUCCAGUAUUCGUUCUAUUUUUACUCGGGUCUGGUUUCAGCAAGUCGAUAGGCGGACUAACGACUUGCCGGUUCUUUGCUGGUGUGUUUGCCUCACCUCUGAUCAACAAUGCGCCAGCAACGCUACUCGACUUUACGCCACCACGGUACAGAGGUGUUAGCCUAGGAGGAUACUAUGCCGUGCCAUCUUUUGGAGCGGCCCUGGGCCCUUUGAUAGGCGGGUUUGUUCUCCUCGUCAAGCCAUGGCAGUGGACGCAGUGGAUAUCUAUAUUUAUCACGGUGGCGUUUUAUAUCCCUGUAUGCUUCACUCGCGAGACGUACAAGAAGGUUAUUCUAAAACGACGUGCUACGCGUCUGGGGCUACGAGACUCUGCGUCGCAGCGAACUUCACCUGGACGAGCGUUUAGAUACUUCUUCACGACACUAAUCCAGAGGCCCUUGCACAUGCUGUUUACCGAACCGAUUGUUACCCUGGUUAGUGUGUAUAACGGAUUCCUGUUUGGCUUGCUGUAUACGUUUGUCGUGUCUGUACCUUGGAUAUUUCGGACCUACUAUGGGUGGUCGGUGGAGAGCGAGCCGCUGUCGUACUUGGGCCUCAUGUGCGGCACGGCGCUUGCGGCAGUGCCCCUGGUUUUGAUUGAUCUUCAGUCUUAUCAGAGGCGUUUGACGGAGUGGCAGCGUGGCCAUGAUGACGAUGAGCCGCUGCCGUCGGAGAAUCGACUCGUGUCUGCUCUGAUAGGGAGCAUCAUGUUGCCGAUUUGUCUCUUCAUUGUUGGCUGGACGGUGCAUUUCCAUGUCCACUGGAUUGUGCCCAUCGUCUUCCAAGGCCUCGUCAUGCUGUCUUCUCUGCUUGUUUAUGCAGGCGCAAAUCUCUUCAUGCUGGACGCCUACGGCCCACUGUACGGAGCGUCCGCCUCUGGAUCCAUGAUGUUCAGCCGGUAUUUGCUCUCUGCGGCGUUUCCAUUGUUUGCGCUGCAAAUGUACGAGCACCUGGGCGCGGGCUGGGCCACGAGUCUUUUGGGGUUUGUGACGGUGGCCAUGGCACCGAUUCCGUGGAUUUUUAGGGCGUAUGGGGAGAAGUUGAGGGCGAGGAGCAAAUAUGAGAUGAGUACUUGA